CAAAGUGGGGUGUACAACAAGGAUUGUUACUUUUGAGCGAAAUUUUUAAAAGCUGUCUGCUUGAAUCGAAGCAAGCUCACAUAAAUUGGCCAAAAAGUGAAAAUGUAUCUUUAUUAUUUUCCGAUUUGUUUUACAGAUAACUGCAUCACUUAGCAUAUAAUCGACUGAUUAUUGUAAUAAAAAAUACCUUCUUCUCUCCUCUGUUAUACCACAACUGAUUCGCGUAUGCGCAUUACGCGAUUUCUUCUACAAAUCCUCAAAUUCCUCAAUAAGGAGCGCGUCAAUAAGCGAACGCUGUGAAUUCUUAUCACUCGCUGGAAUUCACUUCAGCACUCGUUCAGACUGGUUCAGGCCUGUCUCAGCACCAGCAUCAACUACGGUUUCACUUACUGACCGGACCAUUUCCGACCGUUAGUGUUUUGUGUUCUCUCAGGAAUAAUUGAAGUUCAACGUGCUGUGUCAUCCAGAUAUUUCCGUCGGCCAGCCAACCCGUCGACUGUGGAAUCCCCAGCCGCACCAGCAUUUUACUACCCUAUUUUUACCCUGCUCUAGCAAAAUCAAAAGGUUGCCCACACACAGGACCCCACAGUUUCUCUUGGCUAUCGGCGCACCAGCGCAAUACUAGCUAUGGCGUCCAGUACCAAGUGCGAAGCAAUGGUGAAUAAACACAAAGGAACCCAGGAGCUUCGCAAUGCGGCCCUGAUUUUGAAGUCAAGCAAAAUCAACUUGGUUUCAUUGCAGGAGUUGUGCAUGAGGAGCAUUGCUCUGAAUCUACCCAAGUUCUCAGCAGUCCCUGAGUGGAUGUCUCAACUCCCCAUACAACUUCAGUCAGAGAUCCUCAUUUUCAUGCAAAAACUGAACUCCCCUGUUGUCGAUGCUGACACAAAUAGGCAUCAAACUUCAAGCAAGAAGUCCUUUCCUGAAAGAUUGAAAGUUAAGCUUCCUCUGAGAGUCAUUCAGCGGCUGAUCAAUCCCACCCUGACUGAAUUUGACUUUGCGCUCUGCCCCAAAAAGGUGUGUUUCUUUGAGACCAACGGAGUGGACUUCAAGUUGCUGGAGACUCUCGCAAGCACCCAAAAUGUCAUUAGGAGAAUUGUGGACCGACGCAGUCAUAGAAAAUAUCUGCCUUCUUCGUGCAGCCACAUCGUCCACCUGCUUACCAAAUUCAAAAAUCUGCAGCACCUGGACAUGAACACCGUCAAGUUCAGUGACGGGGAUGUUAAGGUUCUGAGCAAAAGUUGCCUCAGGUUGAGAAGCUUGACCCUGGCAAGCUCUAGCACCCUCACCACAGAAGCACUGAAAAGCUUGAGCACCCUACCUUCAUUAGAGAGUCUUGUGUUAGGCAGGACUGACAAAAAACACAGCAAAGAGACAAGAAUUUCUUUUCAGAAUGCUAUCAACAUCAUACCUCGCCUGAAAUCAGUCCGCAGUCUGGAAGACGAACCUUGGCAAGGAUAUCGCCUGGAAAUUCCCCUGAACCCUGAAUGCACCUACAAUUUGGAGGAACUCAGACAUGAUCUUCGUGGCUACUAUGAAAAAAUUCCUACAAUCCUUCCUAAUUUGAAAGUUGUAUGCAUCAAGAACUUCUAUGAUGAGGAUGAAGACAGUGACGAUGAUGAGGACAUUCAUUAUCCUGCGCCAGAAAUCCUCAACCAGCUCCCUCUCUUAACAUGCCUUAAAUUUGGCUUUGAUGUAGAAGAUAACCAUGAAUACCGAGAGUACCUUUCUAUCCUUGGACCAAAACUCACUUGCUUGGAACUUAAGGAUUGUGAUCUUGAUGACAUAGACAUUUUUAGCAUCCUCUACCUCUGCCCUAAUUUGCAUUCCUUGAAGAUGAAAGCUUACCUCAAGCAGGACAAACAAUUGGAGGCCAACAAGGUUGAUGUAAAACAGCUGAAGCUCCGAGAGCUUCACUUAAAUUUUUAUGAGCCUUCUGGUAACGAAGCAAACAUUUGGAAACUCCUGCAAGCCCCUGAACUUGAAAAUGUCCAUCUGCAGAAUAUGUUUUUCAACCCACUGCGAGCAAAAGUGAUCAAUGAGCAGGGGCCAACUUUGCAGAGCCUCUCACACUUUCAGUGUGAUAUGGGAGUUGGAUCUGCCCAGGUCUAUGGCGAGUACAUCAAAUUUCUCAUGAGCAUUGUGAACAAUUGUCCCCUGUUAGAGAAAUUUAAGAGUUCUGUGAUUGACUUGUCAACAUCCGACUUUGUCACAUUGACAGACAUUACUCCUGGAUUCUGUUGCAAGUUCAUUGUCAAGCAGUAAUAAUUUCAUGUUCCAAUCAGGAGAAUAUUGCUUUCCUUGUUAAUUUAUGUCUAAUUUAUUUUGUUUUAUAACAAUUCAAAAUGCAUGUGCAAGAAACUAUCCAUCUGCGGAAAAUAUUAUCCAAUUCUGUAUUACGAGCAAGGGUGACCAAUGAGGGGGUAAUUUUGCAGAAACUCAUCCACUUUCAGUUUGGUUUGGGGGUUGGAUCUGUAGGGGUCUAUGGAGAUUUUUUGAAGUUUCUCAUGGGCAUUGUGAAAAACUGUCCCUUAUUGGAAACAUUCAAGUGCGUACUGUGAUCGACUUGCUAAACUUGCUAACACACCCCUUUGUCACAGUGACAGAAACUAUUCCUGAACUCCGUUGCAAUUUCUUCAUCGAACAAUGAUAGCUUCAAGUAGGGAAUCAAAAGAAUUUUUUUUCUUGUUCAUUCAUGUCUAAUUUAUUUUGUUUUGCUGCUCACAAUUUAUAAAUAUAUAGCAAGAAUACUUAAUUAAUUGCAAGACAACGUGGCUUCUCCCAAAAUGAGUGUAUCAACAAAAAUAUAUAACAUUUUAUUUUCGCAAAUCUCCGAGGCAUUGAAAUUUGUUAAGCAGAAACUAUGUUGUACCGUUGAAUUUCUAUUUCUACUAUGCUGUGCUGACCAGUAUGAAUAAUAAAACAAAAUUGAUAAUUCUGU